AUGUAUAAAUUUAACGAUAGGUAUGCAAUUAUCAAUGGUUGGAUUGUAGAUCUAGUAGAUUCGAAAAUUAUAAACCCAUAUUCAAGAUCAGAUCGGUUUACCAUUGGAGCCAGCUUAAUGAAGGAAAUUUGGAAAUGGCAUCCCAGAAAUUUGAAUGACUAUUAUAAUCCCAAUUGUUUUUUAUAUUGCGAAGACUCCGAAGAACUAUUGAAAUAUUUGCCUACAAAACAGUAUUCAUUUCAUAAAUUGAAAAGCGGCAGCAUAUUACCUAACACUAUGCAUCGACAGUCACCAAGAAACGUUGUAGAGGUACUUUCAUACCCCUGUUAUCAGCUCUCUUUUGGGAAAAACAGAACAAUCUUCAUCCAUAAUCAUCCCUUUGUAAAGGGUAAAACAAGAACCUGCAGAAAUGAAGCUUUGUUUGGUGGAAAAUUUAGACACAAAUUAAUAACACUAGCUGAUGAGAAUGUAAUUGAAAUUGAUGGGUUUUUGCUUGAGUUAGAGUCGCGACAAUUAUGGAGUUUACAUUCAAGUAGAAUAAGAAGUUUUCUAUCAUUGACCGAAUGGGCAAAACUGAAGAAAGUUUGCAAUGCGACCUCUCUAGAAAAGCUGAAAGCUGUUUCAUCCAAUUAUAUCUUUACAAAAUCACAAGGUCUUUUUCAUCUGCUGGAUAACCAUGUUUAUGUUAAUUUUAAGAAAGUGAAUAACUUCUUUACUUGCCAAAAUUGUAGGAAAGAGGAAGCAACGCAUAUUGGAUAUUAUGUGACCUUUCAUCAGUCCAAUGGGCCAACUAGUAAAUAUAUUGUUUGUAAGGAACCACUCCCCAAUGGACUACUUGCCAGCAAAGAUAUUUUCAAGCAAUCGGAAAGAGAACUAUCGAUAAUGGAUUCUAUUUUCUCGAACACAAUUAAUGAGAUUGAAGAACAAUUUGUAUGUACCAAUGAUAUUGAUGGAGUAAGGCUCCGUUAUGUGACUGAACAAUCUCUACUAAAAUUGAGAUCAAGUCCAAUAUAUACAGAAUUAGAAGUAUACAAAGACACAACGAGCAGAAUUAUGGAAAUCAAGAACCUAUUGAUCAAAAAAGUACUGUCACAUUCCUUGGAGAAUUUAGAAAAAAAGAAAAGUUGCUUAUUCAAUAAUCCUGAAACUUGGUUGUUUACUAAGAAAUUUGAAAGGUUUUACGCUUCACAAGAGCUUUACUUGAGAAGAAAUAUAGAUGAUUUGGUGGAAGCUUAUUUUCCUCUUCUGAUGAAAGAUUUUAAUAUAGAAUACUCAGAGGUACUUAUUAAAGAGAAACCAUCGAAGAGAUACAUUAUAGUGGAUCGAUUUAUUGUUGAUCUAACGGAGAGGCGAAUUAUAAAUCCAAAUGGAGAAGAAAUAUCAGAUAUAUUAACACGCUGGGAGCUGUCAGUUCUGGCUAAAAGAGACAUAUUUGACUGGGACGUCUUCCUUUUUGAUCAAAGUCUGGUUCCUGUCUUUUCCUCCAUGCUCUUCAACUUAGUUCAAUGCCAAGAUAUAUUAUUAACCAGAGAUGAAAAGAUGAGAGUUCAUAUUCAGCCAGAUUUUGAAACAGGCCAAAACUUUGACAAAAGAAGAUGUAUAAUCUUGGAUUUGAAAGAGCACGGAUUAAGAUACUUAUAUGAAUGCAAAGAAGAGGAUUUCCAAAUAGAAAACACAUCUUCUGAAAUACUGGAGGCUUAUAGUGGGAAGAUAAGUGAAGAAAAUAUGAUACAUUUGCAGGAGCUAAGUAACUUUUGUCUACCAUCUAGACAAAUUUCGGUAAUUAAACAUUAUUCCCAGGUGCUGCGACAUGAACUUGGGUAA